AUGGCUUGUCUAUAUAUGCAUUCCGCAGUACUGGGUCGCUUCGGAAUCACUACCUUGACCAGCACGACCAAAACCUGGAGAUCCGCAGGAGUGGCGAUAACAAACGGCAGCCACAAGAUGACCUUGUCCGGUGGUAUUCCCUUUUCGCUGGUAGAAUCAGCCAUAAUUGGUCUCCACGGAAGGCCAAGGAACAUGGCUUUUCGCCUGAACUUGGUCCCAGGCCAAGCCUCCGACCACUGCUACCAACGGGGCCACCAACGCCUCUUUAUGGCCCUCGAGCUCUCGGAAACCGCCACGUCAUCCGGGCGCCCUCGCCGAUCGCCACGAGAAGCAGAGGAGGAGGAGUACGAGUCCUCUACUAACUGGGAAGGAAAUCCCGACUUGUUCGAGUCCACCGCCCCCGAGUCCGCCACUGCUAAGUCAAAGUCUGCGCCACUCAAAGCAGGAAACAAUGUCGAGACGUUGCCCAGUGAGCUUCGUGCUGCUCGGCGUGAAAAACAAAAAGCCAUAAGAACCCCGACAAACACAUCUCGUGGCCGUGGUCGUAGUGGUAGCGGUGGUCUUGGCUACCUGCCGACUCCUCGAUCAAACGAUUCAAACGCGGGCCCCUCAGUAUGUUUAUAUGGAAUCGUUUACUGGGUACUUGUUUCAUUAAUAAUUCUGGCCAGAGACUUCCUGAUGAGCGCAGCCGGAUUAGCAAGAAGUCGAGGAAAGGAGAGCGCUGCGUUUUCGGUAGUUGUAAUCUAA